GAUAGACAUUUCGGUCUUGGAAAAUGACGGAUCCCACGCAGUCCGUAAUGAGGCAAGAUACCUACUUGACCCCAUGAACUUAGAGGUACUUAAACUUCAGCUUAGAAUAAAUUGAUCCAUAAUUGAUCUUAAAGGUAAGCUAAAAACUUAAAUCUAACUUCGACUGAAACCUUAAUGUAUGUAUUCCAAUAAGCCCAUUUCAAUGAAACAAAGGCAAUCAUCUCACCUUCGCCAAAAUAACAGCAAUGAGCACACAGACCAGGCACCUGAUAGUCCUCGCCAUAGUGCGUGACCUCCACCCCUGCUGCUGACCUGAACAAGGCCCCGCGCGCUAACUAGUCACGUGGCCCGACCUCGCUGCUUGGGACACACCGUCCACAUGUGUGAGGGGCUCCUUUUACCGAGUGACAUGGUAGGUAGCACUUUCAGCCUGAUGCGGAGAUAUGGGACAAACGAACCGGGCGCAUGUGACGAUGGUGGUGAUAUAGGUGUUCCAAAGAGGGAUAGCUAACGGAGCCGUCAACCCACAAAUGAAGAAAUGGAGAGAUAAAGCACAAAUGGGGCAAAAGAAAAAAAAUACAUAAGCCACAAAAAUAUAAUUGACGUGUCUAUAAAUUUAGGAUUUGCCGUCAUUUGUUGCCUUUGCCAUUUCAUUUUCCUUUUCUGAUAAACGGACUCCCAGUCUAUACUCGUCUAAAUUCACAAUGGUAUUUAGGCGUAACUACGAAGAAUCUCACUAUCGAAUCGAAGACUUUCACUAUAUUCGCUUGCUCUACGGGUAUUUCAACGCAAGAUGAAAGCAUCACUAAAAUAACCUUUGACUUAGCCUUGGACGAUGUAGAGCUAGUUUCAAUCAAUGUAAAUGAAGCCAGAGUACAAAAAAAAACUUCGUAAAAACAAAACAAAUUGUGAAAUCUUACUUGGUUCCAAUUUCCACCGACACAUGGGGAUUUCCCGGUUACGGUGAAACUACCAAUUUCGUUUAUCUGUCACUGAAAGCCACGCCUCUGUUCUGUGAAAUCCCAGUUCAGGCCAGGGUCGCCGACACAAGAGGCAAAACCGGAUUGGUAUAAGAACGUCUGCCAAUGGCGGGACGGAACCAGAGGUCACCGGAGGGCGCACGGAAGGACCAACGGAUAGACGGAACAGACGGAACAGAUCGACACCAGUCGACUUCGAGAGCUAACAGAGAACACAAACCCGCAACAGUCAUGAAGACCCUGGUCCUCCUGUGCUGCCUGGUGGCCGUCGGCUCUGCCGCCCCGCAAUUCUUCAUCGGUCGCCCGUCCAGCGCCACGGGCGGAGCUCAGGGCACCGUCACCACCGGCUCCAGCAACAACGCGCAGAUCACCUCCGUCCAGGCCACGGCGCAGGGCUCCGUGAACGGCUCCGGCUCCAGCACCAACACCGCCUUCGCCUCCAACGUCAGCACCAACGGGUUCUUCGGCAGCAACAGCCAGUCCAACACACUGGCACAGUCCAACCAGCAGACCUUCGGCGUAAGCAGCGGCUUCCGGCCCGUCAACAACCGCUUCCGGCCCGUCAACAACCGCUUCCGGCCCAGCGGCAACCGCUUCAGCUUCAGUGGCAAUCGCUUCGGCGGCAACCGCUUCGGCCGCAGCCGUUUCACCACGUUCAGGGGAUAGACAGACAAACCGAUAGGGAUGCGGCAGCCAGUAGUGCGAUUGGGAGGUCACUGUAUUGUGGUGGGGCCUCAGCAUCGCCCAGAAUACGAUUGUCACAUACGCUACUCAGGGUGGUAAAGCCCAGUAAACGUUCGACAGAACAGUCGUGUAUUCGUUGUUGAUCGUACUAGUUAUUUAACGCGUGCUUGUCACAAAAUGAUGCCAUUUUUUAGAAAUACAUUUAUACAUUGUCAAG